GUACGCAUGCAAGCGAUCUGCCAAAUUUGCAAAGAAGCCUUGCUGCUGGCAAUUUGGUCCGUCGCAGAUCUGUUCUCUGUUUGUGCUUUCCUGCCGGACUUGGCCUUUCUCCUUCACCUCUUCAUCAGUGGAGCUGUGUCAACACUACUCCCGCCACCCGGCUGUUGUUUUCAUUGGAAUUUACACCUCCUUACUCCAACACUGACCCGCGGCUGCUGCACUUGGGAGAACCAUGAAUGUGACGAGUGUGUACGACACCACGACCUACGGACGACAUCAUGUUCACCAGGCGGCCGUCAUCCAGCCCGAUGGCUCCUUGCCGUUCCGAGCCUAUUCCCAAACACCUACCCUGGUUACAUCGCAGGGCACGUGGACGGUCGGCAGCGGCGUCGAAGGCCACGUGCGCUGCCAGUUCCUGCAGCAGGCACCGACAGCGGUGGUGACUGCGCUAUCGCAUCCGACCGGCCGCGGCGGAAUCCCGACCGGCCGCCCGCCCAGCAGCGCCGGCAAGAACGCGCAGCCGACUACCGCCGAGUCAUCCGCACCAGUGAUGACAUCAUCGCCCUCGUUUGUGACGUCAUCGUCCACGUCAUCUUCGCACUCGCCGCCGCCGCCUGCACUGGGCUCAUCUAGCACCUCAGUGCCCACUGCAGCCUCAUCGUCUGCGCCGCCGCAAGAAGCCGGCGAGGAGCUGACGUAUCCAUGUGGCAUAUGCCUGAAAGAGGUGACGGACGACGAUGAGGCGAUCUAUUGCGAGCACGGUUGCGAGCACUGGUUCCACCGCAUGUGUACGGGACUGACACAGCGUGCGUAUGACCUUCUCACAGCAGAACACUGCGCCGAGUGGGUAUGCGACGCGUGCAUAUCUCAGCGCUCCAUCCCACUGGAAUUCACAAAUCCUCCAUCCGCAUCGACCAAGGCAUAGUGGUGGUGUAACAUGCAAGUACUGGUUUGUGACAUGCACAAUAUUACUUGCGGAUGGUGUUGACCGUUUCUGCUGCUGCGUGAGGGCUCUGUUCGACCACAGUGCUUCGGCAAUCUCUGUUGCUCUCUCUCUCUCUCACACACACACACACGGUCGCCCUCCCCCCUCUCUCUCUCGCUCUCACGCACUCUCUCUCUCUCUCACUCUAUAUCUCACUCUCUCUCUCUCUCUCUUCAUCAGGCCGGGUCUUACUCUCCCACAAACUAGUGCAUGGGCUAUGCCGUUCCGAGAAUAGCCUCCACCAUCAUUCCCUACACGCUCUGACUUCAGCCGGCGUGUGUCGUUGAAACAUGGGUGCGGAUAAUCGUCAUGUCAUGGUAUACCCAGAGAAUAACCUCAUUCACAAGCCUCCGCAAUCUUGGGUAUGCAGUUUGUCUGUGGCUUCAAGCAUGCGCACAGAUAAUUGUCUCUCUGAUUGCUAACAAGCUGGCCCACGAAUCUCGAGCACGCGCUCUUCAUACUGUCUCGAAAGUUGAAACUGCUCGUGCGUUCUGGCUGUGUUCAAAGACAGAGGUUGUGCUUACCGCUGUUUCAAUGUACUGCCGAAGCAGGACGCGUUCGGUGUUUCCGUAUCGCACUAUUCAAUAACAUGUCAGCUAAAAAUUGGCUUGUGUUUUUGCACCACAUGUGCUGUACAACCUUUGUUUUUAUUUUGUUUUUUUUAACGGCACCAUCAACCGUUCAUGUACUAACCGUAUCCGUGGCAUUUGUGCGCCUACUGGCCGCUCAAUGUUCAAACUAUGACUUCUACUCGUGCUAAUGCGUACGUCCAUCUCUCCUGUGAUGCUUCUCACAGCAAACACGUCUGGACAUCUUUUGUUUGGCUUUGGCAACUUUUUGCUACACUACUCCGUCGCAUUCGUACUGUCUGCAUAUUUGCUUCCCUUCCUGCUUCUAGAGUAGCCCUGGUGUGUAUAUUGCCUCUUCUAGAACACCUGGAUGCCACCCCUUUGGCCUGUAGGUCUUGUCUCCUGUCCCUAGCGCUCUCUGUUUGCUGGCUUUUAGUAUUACAGUUGUUUUAUGAUUUUAAUUCCUCAAGUUGACAUCCUCUCUUGAUGGGCGUGCAUAUCUGUGUACCGCCUUAGAGUUCUGUAUAACAAUGGUGACAUUUGUGUAUAACUCAAUACUAACUAUUAUUGCAAAUC